UUUCAGGUAAUUCGACGUCAAGAAAGUGAAUUCCCAUCGGCGAAAACUCCAAAAGGAGAAAAGUUUUGAAAUAUGUCGAGCAAAGUUUGGCUAUUUUUUGAUGGAAGAAACACUGGAAAUGAUGCCAAAUGCAGUUUGUGUGGAUCGAUCAUCAAAAAAACCAAAUCAGGUUCAACUUCGCCCCAAAUUGCUCAUCUCAAGACCUUUCACGGGGAAGAAUGGAGCAGAGCUCUCGGAAAGGAGACAUCGUCGUCAAGAGAAAUUUCAGUUGAAAAGGAUCCUGAACCGGCUGAAAAUAAUGACGAUGAGACGACGAGAAUGGCUCCAGUUUUCUGGCAGAGGAAGAAAACGCAAAAUGAGCAAUAUAUGGACGAUAAUUCUGCAGAAGCAAGGUUGAUUACUACGACUAUUAUGGAAACAAUUGCUGUGGAUACGCUGUCGCUGAAUACAACAGAAUCCUGUGACUCAUUCGAUCUACCCACUUCUGUCCAAGUUUGCUCAAAAGUUUCUGAUUGCUCCUCCCGGAACAGCUGACGUCGAACGACUAUUUAGCACUGGAGGCCAGAUUUUAUCCAAGUACAGAAAGAGAUUGAGUCCGUGUCGCUUCAAAAUGUUAUUAUUCUUGAAAUGCAAUAUCCCACUGUUAAAUGAGAAUUAUAGAAGCAAAGUAAAAAUAUGUUCCAUUGAUGAGAAAGAGAUGACAGAGAAGUCAUCCGAUAAUGAUGACGAUGAUAUUCUGAUUGAAGUUGUUGAAGAGGAAGAAGAAGAGCAAUUGGUGGACGGAAACGAUAUGGAAGUAGAUGAUUCAGACUAUGAGGAUUCUGACAUUGAAGAGCUAUGAUUCUAAAAUGAUAUAAUCAAGAGAUGGUUUUGAUUGGUUUUAAACUUUUGUGUUGAACUUUUAUAUUGUUAAUUUAACUUGUUUUUUUUCUUUGUUGACUUUUCCUAAUAAAAUACUCGAU